AUGUCGAGAACACAAUCUCCGCAUAAUAAGCACGUCCAAUCUGUGACUUCCGACUAUCCAUGGAGAUCCGACAACCCAUUCGGUCCACCUCAAAUACCACGAUCCGUAUCCGUCCCCAGUGGCAUCAAACGAUUGCGAAACACACUAUCAAAACUAUCGCCAUCCGCCCUCGCGGAAAAGGAACUCCUAAAAACGAAGAACCAGUACAAAACCCCCCUGACAGAGAGAAACGUCGACACCUUGGUCACCGCGCAAGAAUGCAACGAGGCAUACAAGCCCAAUCUACACUCGCCCGAGAUCCAGGUCACUGAAUGGCUACAGCGAGUCUCCUGA